AUGGAUCCUUCCUACCCACCGAGACCAAGACCUCCACUCCGUUCUGCCACUUCAGGCUCUGUCAGCAGGAUAUCUACCGUGUCUGACAUUACCGACUUUGACAACUUCCGCGACGAGACAGGGGCCGUAAUCCCCCCACGGCCUUCUUUGGUGUCACUCCAGUCAGACGACAGCCUACGACAACAGUUUGGGAAACGACCCUAUGGUUCUGCCGAUGAUGUUGGCCACACUUAUGGGGGAGCCUCAACCGGAUGGACGUCGUUCAUGGGCAAUGGAGGCGGCGCAUAUGAGCCAAUAUCAUCGCCCACCCUCAUAGCACCACCUCAGAAUGCCGGCCCCAGUUUUGCCCAGAGACAGCAACAACGACGCCACGAUGCGAUUCCGGAAGAGGAAGACGGUAUUGACCUUGGGUUAAUGAAGUCCGCUGCCCCGUUGGGAGGCGAGGAACCACCAGCACCCGGCCCGCGAGUCUCUAGAGCACCAACGUUCGAUGUUAGCAGCGCGCUGGGCCCUGCGACAAAAGCCGAUGAAGAGUUCUGGAAGGCAAUACAGGAGCAAGAGGCACAGGGGAAGUUGACGGGGGGCUUGGGGAAGGGCAUCAAAGCGGAAGCGACAAUCACGGAAGAUUAUUUGCUGGCAAUAACUCCCGUGACGGAACGACCCCCGAGCCGCACAUUCUCCGUCUCGAGACGCAGCAGGCGGCUAUCUCACACUGACACAGUGAAGAAAAUGGCACAGAAUGAGGCCAACAAACGCGGAGAAGUAAUCGAGGUGGUCAUGACAGAGGACACCGGCACUCAGUCCAAAUUUGAUCUCAGCCUGGUUGGUGGCCAUGAUCCGAACGUGGAGGACGAGCCAGGACAGUUUGCCAUGAGGCAGACGACCUUUCCAACAAACGCCAGCAAAACAGAGGUCUUUUUUCCACAGCCCAACUGGAAGCCAUUUUCCAUGAGAUGGCCGUACUUGAUAUGGUUGAUUGUGGUAUCCAUUGUUAUGGCCGUAUCCGUGGAAAUCCUCUACCGAAGCUCUGCCCAGGACGCCCUGGUCAAAUUUCAAUCACCCAACGAUAUCUCGACCGCCCAGUACUUUGCUGUCAAGUUUCUACCGAUGGCCAUUGCGGCCACAUAUGGUGUCAUGUGGCAGGUUACCAACUUUGAUGUCAUGCGUCUUGAGCCGUUCUAUCAGCUAUCCAAGGAAGGAGGAGCACUGGCGGACGAGUCCAUCAACGUCGAGUAUCUGACACAAUUCGUCUGGCUGCGUCCAUUUCGGGCCAUCCACUGCAAACACUAUGCUGUAGCUGUGUCGUCAACAGCCAGCUUGCUCGCCAACACAUUGGUUCCUGCCCUUGGAGCCGCCUCUUUGAUCAUAACCCCUGACCGCAACACUCGUCUGGACCGCCCUCACAUAGAAAAGAGCAUCCUCAUACACCACGUCUGGUCCCGUCUUUUGACAACCUUGCUCGUCAUCAUCGCCGCCUUUGGGUGCGUCCUAUUCUAUCAGCUCCAAACCCGCCGGUCUGGCCUAUUAGCCGACGUCAAAGGCAUCGCUGGCCUCGCCGCCAUGGCAACAGUCAGCCACAUCCUCAUGGACUUCAAAGACAUGGACGUAGCCACCCACCAAGACAUUCACAGCAAACUAAAAGAUCAUCGCUACGUCCUCCGCAACUCAUCCCUCGCCCCAGACGACACCAACCCCCCUUCCAUCCAAGAACGGGAAAAAUACACCAAAAACCACCUCUCUGCUAACCCUCAUCCCAUGAUGCUCCGCCCAGCCGGGGCAUACCCCUUGAUAUCCGGCAUCUUCGCCUUCAUCGCCCUCAUUCCCAUAUUCCUCUUCACCCCCGCCACAGUCUUGACCGACCGCGCCCCCUGGUUAAUAACCGUCUUGGCCGUGUGCAUCAAGCUCUCCUGGGGAGCACUAGAGACAGACGUCCGCCUCAUGCAACCAUACUACCUCCUCUCCCAACGACACGCACCCCCAAAGACGCUAACGCUCGAUUACACCGCCAUGCCCUUUGGCUGGGUAGCCAUCAGAGGCCUAAUCAACAAACACUGGCUAGUCUUCUUCGUCGGCUUCGGCACAAUCCUCACAGAGAUCCUCACCGUGCUGGUAACCUCCCUAGCAACAGUCGAAGGCCGUGUUUUCAUCUCCUCCGCCCCCACAGCCACCGCCACCUCGUUGGAUCUCAACGCCGGACAGGAGACAAUUCCAUCUUUCUGGAUAAGCUUCACGCUUGCUCUGUUGAUUCUGCUGUAUAUGGGGGUGUUGAGCGUCGUUACCCAUUUGAAAAGGAGGAGGGUGUUCUUGCCGAGGCAACCGAAUACUAUUGCGAGUGUGCUGGCUUACAUACACCAGAGCAAGAUGCUUUAUGACUUUGUGGGGACGGCCAAGUUUGGGAAUAGGGAGAUGGAGGGGUGGCUGGAAAGAGUGGGGAAGAGGUAUGGGCUGGGGUGGUUUAGGGGAAGGGAUGGGCAGAGUCAUUGUGGGGUUGAUGAGGAGGAGCUGGUGAGUGAGUGGAGGGUUGGGUAUGAUUACAGUCGGGCGACGAGGCCUUGGGAGGAGGAGGGGAGGAAUUGGUUGUAG